AGUGGAGAGCGGCGGAGAAACACAUUAUCUGCGGACGGUUCCUGUUGUUUGGAAGAAUCUGGAAAAGGAUUACAAUAAUCUGUAUCGGUGUUAUCAGGAUUGUUAUGUUUUUAUAAUAUUAUUUUCCUUAAGUUGGCGUACAGAAUAGUUAUUGAAUCGCUUCCAAUACCCGCAACGCACAGACAAGUUGUCGCCACACCGCCUGGAAUCCACAGGUUUCUCACGGCUUUUUGAUGCAGAAGCUCCGGAUUCACAGUUCAAGAUAGCAGAGUUUGCCCCCAAGAACAAUCCGUGCAAACGUCCACUAUGCUAACCGGACCAGUAGUGCGUUCUCUAAUUCUUCUGGUUGUAGUUGUCCACCCUAGCCAGUUGGUGUGUGUGGAUUUGGAGUCCGAAACAAACGCUGUUGUGGGGAACCCCAUGAAGCUGAUGUGUAUCUCCUGUAUGAAGAGAGAGGAGAUCACCCCUAAGACAGAAGUGGAGUGGUCCUACGAACCUCCCGGACAGAAUCCGAUCACUAUCUACCGGUAUAAUGAACGUCCUCUGCCUGUGGAGGGGCCCUGGCAUGGCCGCCUGCUCUGGAACGGCAGCAAGGACCUCCAGGAUGUCUCCAUCAGCAUCAGGAACGUCACACUCAACGACACGGGGAAGUACCAGUGCGUGGUCUCCCGGCAGUUUGUGUUUGACUCCUACAAGCCCUUGUUCCAUCACAGCAAGGUAAUCCAUCUGGUCGUCAGAGAAGAAGCCAUGGAGGACAAGGCAGCGCUGUACUCUGAGAUCAUGAUGUAUGUGCUGCUGGUGUUCCUCACCUGCUGGCUGCUGGUGGAGAUGGUCUACUGCUACAGGAAGAUCUCCAGGUCGGACGAGCAGACACAGGACAAUGCGACUAACUACUUAGCCCUCCCCUCUGAGCAGAGAGACAGCCUACCACCCCCGCGACCCAGUAGCAGUCUUGACUGUUACAGACAUGACACGGUUCUGACCAAUUAGACGGAUCUUUCGCUAUCACUUGACGGAACAAUAAGGGCCAGGGGACGGAACAUUUUGUGAUGUCACUUAGAACUCCCAUCAGCCAUGAAGGCAACCAGGAAGUCUGCCAAAUCUCUCCUGUGAUUGGUUGAGUGAUGGGGGGUGUUCCAGCCAAAAUCUCAAGUGCUCAUUUACUCUCCAGAACUUUCACUUGCUUCACCAUCAUCCCAAGAAAGCUAAAGACAAUUUCAAAAAAUACUUUUGUUCAAAUAAUGAAUAAUGGAUAAGUUUUCUUUUUCUUUCUUUUUUAUCAAUAUGUGGGACAUGAUUUUAUGUUUUUGCUUUUUGGUUUGUUUAUCUUUACACUUUUGAUACAAUGAGCUUUUGAGGUCAAAUGUUUUGUUUGACUUGUUUGAGUUUUUACAGAAAAUGGAUUUGCAUACAAUUUAUAUGGGUGGAAUAUUCCUCACAUUUGUACUGAGAGAAAAUGUUUUUACACCCACAAGGUAUUACACAAUGAAGUUAUUCCAAGACAAUACUAGACACACACUGUAUAAGAAAUCUAAGAAGUAUCCCCAUUACAAAUGUGUCCCAAGGUUUAAAUUUCGAAUUUAUCCACCAAUAAGUCUCCUCUCGUCAGCACGCUCCAUAAUAACAAAACUGCCUUUUCAUAUUUGCUUUUGCUUUUUUCAUAAUAUAAUAUUCAGACAUGAGGGCUUGUUUUUGCUAUUGUCUGCAAAUCCAGUCAUAUUGCUGUAAAGGCUAACUGUGUUUCUAGUACUCUAGUGACAUUAAAUGUAUAAGCUUGUGUGCAAUAUGUCUCAGAGGGUCUCUGUGUGCUUCCUGAUGCAUGCAGCUGUGGAACACAGUAAGCUCUCUCCAUUGUGCUGUUAUUAAAACUAUUC